AUGACAUCCCCCACCCCCAGCCCACAUGCCACUCCACCCCGCCUCCGCCGCAACGUCUCUCCACCCAUCACCCCAGACCGCCCCCGUCUCCCCGCGCAAGUCCAUCUCCACCGGGCCGCCUCCCGUCGCGCCAUGUACGCCCAGCGCCUCGCUGAGCACGAACGCGUGCCUAUAGACAUGCAGGAAAGGUAUAGGACAAACUUCCUCAGAAUCGCCGAGGAGGAGUAUUUGGCGACUGGUGGGGUCCACGAGUGGCAGGAGUGCUUGGUCCCUGUCGUUGAUAUCCGUCUUGAGCCGGAGGUACCUGUUGCUUCGCCGCGGGUCUGGGUUGGACAGAGGGUCCCUGUUGCUUUGCCAGUUGUUGGGCGCCCAGUUGGUGGUAUUUGGAGGGUUUGGGGUGCUAUGAGGGGGGCGUUCUGGAUCGUUUGGGGCCGCGCUGGUGAUGUUAUGCGAGAGGUCCUUGGGCGGUGGAAAAUAGAGUAUGAGCAGGAAAAGGUCUUUGGUUUGCUGUAA